GUGUGGUUUGGAUAUGAGUUGGAUAAGUAGGUUCAUCUCUUCUUCCAGAUUUGUCUGUGGACAUGUCAGUUGUCAUGGCCGUUGCUGAAGAAGAAAUGAAAGAGAUACACCUUCAAAUGGAGGAAAAACCUGGUGAAGCUUCAUCUACCGCCACAGUUGUUGAUGGAUCCAAAGUGAAGUUCUCAGCCAUCUGCAAUAUGUUAGCAGCGCUGUCCCUGGGACUGCUGGCCGGAGGCUGCAUGGGAGAUAUGGGAAUAUCGAUGGCCUGCUUCAUAAAGGAAGCUGUACAAGGUCGAACCGAGCUCACAGCGAUGGUGCCCAAACUUUACCCAUUUAUCAGCUCUUCGUAUAUCACCUAUGUGUCUCUUCUUGGGGCUUCACUGGCAUCAGGGGCUGGCUUCGCUUGUGGAUACCAGAUUUAUAGUCUGAAGAGACAGAGCCAAAAAGAUCCUGAAGCAUCAGUGUCAGUGUCUUUAGCUCUGGCUGCAUAUGUGGUUGUUCUGGGAGUGGCGGUCACUGGAGCUGCAGUCGGAGCCGUUUUGGAAUUUUCCUUUUCCAGUUUUAUGUUGAUCCCGUUUUCAGUGCAUUCAGGUGCAGCAUUUAUACUAGGACAGACUGUGGUCAGCAUAGUAGCAUUUGCACUGUGUGCAUGUUCCUCAGGCUUUUAUUAUGGCUGUGUUAGUGUUGUUACAUUUUUUGUAUUAAGUUUGUUAGUAUUUUUGGAGUAUGCACUGGCUGUACUGUCUUUCAGAACAGGGUCUGUUCUUUUCUUGGACAUGGGGUCCAUGUUACCCCUCAUUCCUCCAUCGCUGGUGUUUUGCAUGCUUCAUAAAUUCCACAAAGUCCAGCUCAGCAAGGCAGCUGUGAAGAUACCAACUGUCAUGAUUAUCACAGUUCUCAUUGCCAGGAGCUGCUUCCACGAUAAAGACCAACCUUCAGUGCCAUUUCUACAUCCAGCCAACUUCACUCUACCUGAUUUACACGUUCUGGAGCGCUUCUUUGUGAUUGUGCUCGGUCUGCAGAUGUUUCAGGCUUCGUGUGGGGCGGUGGUCUUCUCGUAUUUCGUCAACAGAGAGGAGGCCAUGGAGAUCAGUGCAGGUGCAGUGUCUUUCGCUGCGGCAGGAGUCUUGGCAGUCUUAAUGAAACUUUCUCCCAUGCUCCCAGCUGGAGUAUUAUUAGGGGGUCUACUGGCUGUGUCUGGAGGGGUUGGAGCAGCACUCACUGCAGCAGGAGAUCUGGGCCACAGAUAUGGAGGCCAUGGCGGAAGAGCUGCAGCAGUUCUAAUUGUUGCAGUUGGAGCUUUUCUGCCUUUAGUGGUUCAUGAUGUACAAUUCGCCCUUAUGGUGGCUCUCUGCACAGCUGCUAUUCCAGCGUCACCUUUUGUACAGUUCUGUUUGGACUCUAUUAACAGUUGCUUUGUCUGUGGAACAUCGUCAUGAUCUGUUAUCUGUUUUGUUUUGCUGCUGAUGUAUCUGUAGAAAUAAUAUAACUGUUUACUGUAAAUACACUGUAAAUUUGCAAUGUUUCAAAAAAGGUGUAUUGUUUUUAUAUACUGAUCAACACCUCCUUUAUUUUUUUAGCUUUACUAAGGAUAUAGAAGCACUUUGUAGUUCUAUAUUAACAGACUGCAGUCCUGUGUCUGUUUCUCUGUGUACUUUAUUAUUGUCCGCCUUUCACUCUGUUAUUCAACUGCAUGGACCCCAAAGGACCACCACAGAGCAUCUAUUAUUUGGUUGGUUUGUUAUUCUUCAGAACUGCAGUGACACUAUCAUGGUGUUUAUGUGUUAGUGUGUGUUGUGCUUGUGGUGCACUGGUGGUGCCACAGUGUGAAUGAAAAGCAUCUACUAUUGUUCAUCACCUCCAGGAACUCAUUUAAGAUGCUUAGAAAACUAUUCAAGGUGAUUCUACCUCAUGAAGACACUGAGUUUAAAAUAGCAAGACUGUGCAAAUCUGUCAUGGCUACUUUGACGAAUCCAACAUUGUUUUUUGUUCACUAAAUAAUUCUUGAUGGUUUUCUUUAUAGUUUGGAUGCUGUUAGUGUUAAUCUACAAUGCAGAACAUUUUCAACUACUAAAUUUAAGAUGUGUCCAAA